AUGGCGUCUGAAAUCCGACCCCCUGGCUGGUCAACCUACGACGACCCGACCAGGAAGGGCGGCAACAACUGGAGCUCCCACCAGGAUAACUUUGGGAAUAAAGGCGGCGAUUACUACGAAAGCGGUGGCGCUCCCACGACAGACGGGUGGCACUCUCGCGACUCUCGACACCCAGCAUCAACAACAGCAAUAGGCUCUCCACCAUUUUGGCCCGCCAGCGGUACACGAAUCUACGGUCAUCACAACGAAUUACUGCAUCCACCUCCACCACCGCCACCGCCAACACGGACUGUCCAACACUUUCCUCCCAACCGCUAUCCGCCUUCUUUCCAGCAAGCACUCUACUCGGCAGAACCCCACAGUAGAUUUGAGUCGAAUCGAGCACAAUUUGAGCAUCAACCAGUCUCGCCUACUCCGAGCGGAUCAAUAGAGGACAUGUUCGGAGGACAUAAGAGCCACGAUGGCUACGACAACAACUAUUACAGCGCCAAUACCACUCCAGAGUCAAGAUCUGACCCCUGGUUCAACGGAGACUACAGGGGCGAUGAGGAGUACAUACCAGAGGACUUACAAAGAUCACCCUCGGAGUCAUCUCGCUCACCUUCACAUCAACUGGAGUAUGGGCCAAGACACAACCUCAGAACCCCGGCUUUCGAUUUCCUGACCGGACCUAUAGCCCAUGGCCCCGAUGCCUGCGUGAUUGAAGAACGAGGUAGCAUCACCUUUAUCGAGCAACAUGACGAGGGCCUAAUCCUAGAGCCCAGGUCUCUAGAAGGAGAUGGCCCAGACGAUCCUCUUCUUAUGGUUCACACAAGGCGGUAUCUCGACCCAGUCAUAGUUAACAACCCUUUGAUCCAUCUUCGUCUUGUCAUGCCUGCUGGUCAGCUGCCAAGAGGAGAUACUUUUGCGCGGAUGUCUGGACACUUACGAGCGCGUCAUUCGAUCGACACCUUUCUCAUCCCACACGAAUCAAGCAAUACGCCGAGUCAUCAUGAUGUUGUCUUUGGAUUGUCAGGGACGUUGGAUCGAGUCUGUCGAGCGCUUCGGGAUCUUUUAGAGCGGCUGGUUCAUGGUACAGAUGGCUUUGUCUUUUGGAGGCUGAGCCUUCUCAUCCCGCUCGAUAUCAUCCACCUAGUUGCGGACGGACGGAAGGAACGAUCACCUGUAGAACCAUGGGUCAGUUUUUCUAGGUGUUCGCUUCCACGGCUCAGGAACGCGACGGGGAGGAUAUACGAUUCGAUUUCGAACACAGACGAGUGCAUACUGUCGAUUCAGUCUUGUUCUUUGGAUGUAAUGCUGAAUGCAGUUCAGUGUUUGGGCGAUGUGAUGGCGCAAGAGGAGGAUGCUCUUCUUCUGUGCGAGGAGUUUUACACAGGUGGCUGGCCGAGUGUCAUUCCAGCAGAGAGAAGGCUACCCAAGGAGCUCACUCACUCCUCUACCAACUUGGAUCGCUUGACGCCAGCUGGCUAUAUCCUGCGACCGGAGAUGAAGGAAUGUCUUCAAGUCAUACGAGUGUCCCGGUACCACAUCCAGCUCCUUUUGUCGGCUAGACAUGCAUCGUUGCUGACCAGUGACCAUGGGAACUUUGUUCGGCGUUUUUGUAGAGAGGCAGGAGCGUUGGUUUCGUUCUCAGAGGAGGUCCCUACUGAGGAUGGGUCGCCCAUUCGAUUCUGCGACAUCGGAAGCAACAACACCCAGGCUCUUGAGGUUUCCGUGCACGAGAUCAUACGGUGGCUGUAUGAGAUGGCUUCCGGAGGCUGGUCGAUCUAUAUUGUUGUCCCUGAGCGGAUCGCGGUGUCGUGGCGAAGUCGAGAGAUUGUUGCUGGCUGGACAUGGCGUGGGUUCUUGCACACAGUGAAAGAUAUGUCGGAAUUCUGUCCACCAACGAGUGCUGAUGCUUUUGAACUUGAACCUUCAGAGGAGGAGUCGGUGCUGGACAUCAAGAGCAAGACGAUGGGGGCUGGAAUCCGGGCUGCUGUCCGGGCUAUUCUCUCGGCGAUGUACUCGCGCGAUGGCUGA